GGCGGCCCGUGACGUGAGGGGCGGGCGGGGCCUCCCCCGGCGGGGACGAUGCUGAGCCGGCUGCGGGAGCUGCGCCGGGAGGAGGAGACGCUGCUGCGGGUCAAGGCGGCGCUGCACGAUCAGCUCCGCCGGCUGCGGGUGGAGGAGCUGGCGCUGCAGUCCAUGAUCCAGGCCGGCGAGGAGAACGCCCCUGUGCCGCUGGCAGCCCUGGCCGAGGACACUCAGCAGACUCUCGGGCAGAUGGACAACGAGGCUGCCAUCAAUCAAACCCAGUUACACCUCAGUCUUCAGGGUGACAAAGAGGAGGAAGAAGAGGAAGAAUCUGAUUCUUGAGAGGAAAAAAAUCAGAGAUGGUUUUUAAUACAGACUCAGGAAUUUCUUCUUCAUUCAUUUGAAACUCACCAAGCGAUUUCCAUUUUGUGCUGUGUGUGGAUAUGAACUAUUUGAUAUAUCAGAGUUGAGGGCAGUGACACUGAACACAGGAAUUUCACAGGCUGGGCACAUCUUGACUCAGAUGCUGAAAGAAUGAAAAUCUGCUGCACAAAUAUGUAGCAUAACCCAUUCCACAUUUCAAACCUAAUGUAGCUCUUAUGACAUCUUUGUAUGUGGAAGGGAGAAAUGAUUGAUCAAUCAGACUAAUUAACACACGCACUAAAAGCAAUAAUAGUCUGUUCUCACUAACUGAUGUGAGAAACAAAUCCAGGUCCUGGGGCUGGUGCUGCCCCAGUGAUUACAUGAUAACCUCAUUUGCCUAAACUGGGAAUUUAGGAUCCAGGGUGAGGAAAGAUGUGUCCACGGCUGUCUCCAGCCUUCAGCUGCUGUGUUCUCAGUUCCCUGGAAAGCUGGAGUUACUCCCAGAGUCCUCCCAGUGUCAGCCCAGUUCUGUGCACAGCAGGGAGGUCUCUCUGUCCUCCUGGUGCUCCUCAGUUCUGUCAGUCUGUCCCAAAGGACUUUCCACUUCUGCAGCCAAGGAGCCUUUUAUUUGUCCACAAAUUGUAGAGUAAGAAAUGAUCUGUGGUGCUUAAAAUAAUCUGAUAAUCCUGAGCUGGUGUUAUUUUCUUUUUCUCUCAUUGUAACCUCAUUAAUCAAAGCAAGGUCACCUGCUUCCAUGUGAUUCUCAAGGAGGAGCAUGAGGAGUUUAAGAACCUAAUUAAAAAUGGAAAGUGAUGUGAAAUCUCCACAAUUUUUGCAUUUGGAAAAGUGUUUGGUAUCCUGGGAGUGGUCAGAACUGACAUUCAGCCUCCAGUGAGUUCCUGCCACUGUUUAAUGAGUGUUAAUUUGGCUCUUGUUUGGUUUGUACCAACGGAAACUGUUGGGGUGUAAAUGUGGCUUCAUCCUGUACUGAAGACUGUCCAAGGUUUUGAGGAUCCUGGCUAUCUUAAUGAAGGAAUUUAGAACAGGAAUGAAGAGAUUGUUAAAGAAUCUCUUUAGGUAGGUUAAAGAAUCUCUAAAGGUAAAAAAAAUCCCUAAAGUCUGAGCCAAAACCGUUAUGGUCAGAUAAGCCCUUGCAGUGCUGUGUGUGAGGAGCUGCUUUGGGAGGAGCUCAGGAGCCAUCCUGGCCUUUCCUGGCACAUUUCAGCUCCAAAGGAUAAUUCUGACUGUUGAAAAACGUUAUUUGUGCUCAGAGUAGUUUUCAUGGAUAGAAUUCCUGCUGCUUUUGUGAACGACUCCCUUGCUUUUGGAUUUGAACAGCCCAGUUCUCGUGCAUGUUGCAAUAAAGUUCUCCUCCUGCCGUCCUUCCCCACA